CUCGCUCGCGCCGGCCGCCGCCGAGCAGGCAGCCGCCGCGCCGGGGCCGUCCGGGGGGCCGCGCCGGCGACGCCCCGCGGGAGCCGCGGAGCCGCCCCGGGCCGGGGUCGCGCCGCGGGCGGCGGCGCCGCCUGCAUGACCCUCCGGCGGCGAGGGGAGAAGGCGACCAUCAGCAUCCAGGAGCAUAUGGCGAUCGACGUGUGCCCCGGGCCCAUCCGGCCCAUCAAGCGGAUCUCCGACUACUUCCCCCGCUUCCCGCGCGGCCUGCCCCCCGGCGCCGCGCCCCGCGCCCCCGCCGCGCCCGCGCCCCCGCCCGCCGCCGCCGCCGCCGCGCGCCCCCGCAGCCCCUCCGACGGCGCCCGCGACGAGGACGUGGACCAGCUCUUCGGAGCCCACGGCUCCAGCCCCGGCCCCGGCCCCGCGCGGCCGCCCGCCAAGCCCCCCGAGGACGAGCCGGACGCCGACGGCUACGAGUCGGACGACUGCACCGCCCUGGGAACGCUGGACUUCAGUCUGCUCUAUGACCAGGAGAACAACGCGCUGCACUGUACCAUCAGUAAGGCCAAGGGCCUGAAGCCGAUGGACCACAACGGACUGGCUGAUCCCUACGUCAAACUACACCUGCUGCCUGGAGCCAGCAAGGCAAAUAAGCUCAGAACAAAAACCCUUCGGAACACUCUGAACCCCACGUGGAACGAGACCCUCACUUAUUACGGGAUCACGGAUGAGGACAUGAUCCGAAAGACUCUGAGGAUCUCCGUGUGUGACGAGGACAAAUUCCGCCACAAUGAGUUCAUCGGGGAGACUCGUGUGCCCCUGAAGAAGCUCAAACCUAACCACACCAAGACCUUCAGCAUCUGCCUGGAGAAGCAGCUGCCGCCGAGAAGGUGGAAGCAGACAAGGACGGCAGCCCCUCUCCUGCAGGUGGACAAGGCGGAGGACAAGUCCCUGGAGGAACGAGGCCGCAUCCUCAUCUCGCUCAAGUACAGCUCGCAGAGGCAGGGCCUGCUGGUGGGCAUCGUGCGCUGUGCACACCUGGCUGCCAUGGAUGCCAACGGCUACUCAGACCCCUACGUGAAAACAUACCUGAAGCCGGAUGUAGACAAGAAAUCCAAGCAUAAGACGGCAGUGAAGAAGAAAACGCUAAACCCAGAGUUCAAUGAGGAGUUCUGUUACGAGAUCAAGCAUGGAGACCUGGCCAAGAAGACCCUGGAGGUCACUGUCUGGGACUAUGACAUUGGAAAAUCCAAUGAUUUCAUUGGUGGAGUGGUUCUGGGCAUCAAUGCCAAGGGUGAGCGCCUGAAGCACUGGUUUGACUGCCUGAAGAACAAGGACAAGAGGAUUGAGCGUUGGCACACGCUCACGAACGAGCUCCCGGGGGCUGUGCUCAGCGACUGACUGUCCCAUCUGCUGCCCACCCAGCCCACACAAGUCCAGCCCUGAGCUUUGUCAGCUGCCAUCAAGGGCUAUGGCCUCACAAUGGGCAAGAUCCAGGUUGUCUACUCGGACAAAGCCACUGCAGCCCCUGCUUGGAGGCCCCGGAGCACCCAGGCCCCCUCAGAAGACACACAUUAAACUUGUUCAGGCCCCCUGGUGGCCAGGAGGGCUGGAGCUGGGCCCUCAGCUCCACCCGGAGGAAGGGCUAUCCAGGGUGAGGACCUGUUGGAGAUGAGGGGUGGAACACUUGCUGCAAGCACAGAAAUGGGGGUGCUUUGGCUGUCUGGUGACCACAGGGGAAGGACUAUGGGAAGGCAGAGCCCAGGACUCCAGGACGGAAAAUGUGGCCAACCAGAGCUUCCAACUUGCUCGUGCCUGGCACUGAUGGGCAGACAGAAAGAGGUGAGGCCCCAGGGCAGGGGUCCCUGUGUAGCAGAGGAUCUGAGUGUACACAUUGGGUGUACCAGGACCAGCUGGUUGUCUGCAAGGGCUGUGGGUGCUGCUGCCUGCUGAAGAGUGAAGGAGGGAAGGCAGCCUGAGGGAUCAUGGCUCAGCACAGCCUGGAAAAGCCAGCUGUGGCUAAGCCAGAACCAAAUACAGACACAGGAGGCCUGAAAGGGGGUCCAGAAGUCAGGGCCAGGGAACCAUGAGGGCCUGCAUUAGGUUUUUAGGCAGGAGCUGGGCUUGGGGAUGUGUGCAAACAUUAUAGGGAAACCCAGCUCGACUGUGGAAACCCAAGCUCUCCUGUUUGAUCUUGCUCCCAAGGAGCAAUGCGUACUGUUCCCGUUGCCAGCUUAAAUCUCUAGUCAGCUUCAGGGGAAAGAGAAAGAGAUCCUGAUCCUACUAGCAUGGAAAGAGGCAAGCAUUCCUCCCGCCUGUCCAUCUCUCCCUUCCUCAUCCCCUCAGGCUAGUGUUCGAUCCCUCACAGAUACCCAUGCCCCCCUGGCCCUAUCAAGACAGUGGCUUGCCUUCAGGAAGAGCAGUGGAAGACAGCCUUGUCUGAGGGAAAGCCCGGGGUGGAGGUGGGGGUCUGCCUUCUGGGUCUGGUCUCACUUUCUAGGAAAGGGUGGUACACAUCAGUCUUGAAGGCCCCAAAUGUCUCCUGCCAGCUGAGGUUCUAGGAACACAGGAGGAAUGGAGAACCAUGGAUUUCCACCUUAUCUCAGACCAGUUUUGUUCAAUCCAUCACCAGGUGGCAAGACACAGGGGUCCUGAGAGGGAAGGUGCCCUAAAGCCAGCACCUCCUACAGCCAAAGUCAGGCUCCAGGGACCCAGAGAUUGAGAUUGAGUCACCCAAUCUCACCAGCCCUUCCUAGUUGGCAAGGAAUAGGUCUGUGGCCCUGAACAGCACCCAGCCACCUCUUGCCUGUAGAGACUGGAUUCUCCUCUUGAAAAGGCUUUGCCUCUGUUGUUGAGGUGGCACGUUCUUACAGAAUCUUCACCAUCCUGUGUGGUGGAUGGCUUGGUCAACCCAUUUUGCAAAUGAAAUGGUCACAGAGAAGUUGAUAAACUUCCAGGGCCACCAAGCUGGGAGGGCCUGAAGCAAGGCAACCCCAAGCAAGGCCUCUGUCUGAGGCGGAGAAUGAAAGAUGGGGGACUUCCCCCAUCUUUCCCUCUGGACUGACUGGGGCUUGGUGAAGUCAGUUACAGAGGAAUCUUGCUACUGUCGGCCACCUCACCCCCUAGCUGGCUUUGAUAUCCUUUAAGGUUUGCCAAAAGGCCACAGGCAAGCCCGGAACCUCGGCUGCCCUCCCCCGAGGUAAAGUGACUUGGACAGGCUGAUGUUUUCCUCACACAGUUAGAAACGCUAGCAGGUGUUUUCAGGCACCUGAUUGAGCUCUGAGUAACUUCUUUGCCCUUUGAGGUGGCUUGUUCAGGGAGGAGCCCGGCUGCCCUCCUGAAGAGAAAGACGUGUUUAUUAGACAAGAGAUGACUGAGGCUUAAGCAGAAGAGCAGAGCUCAGGUGGGACAAGAAUCCUGGAUCCCUCUGUUGCCCUAAGCAGUAAAGUGGCUUGGGUCUCAGUGAUGAUCCUCGCCAACCCCAGGGACAGGGAGGGUGGGAGGCAAGAUUUCUAGCCAGUUGGCUCGCGUGUAAGGUGAGUGCCCAGGCAGGAGCGCACUGAAAAGUGAAGGAACUUUCCCGGGACCCCGGAGCGUUUGUAGAUCCCCAGCACAUUACAACUCUGCUACGGGAAAUGCCCUUUGCAAAGUUACAGAAUCAGCUCAGCCUUUCACCCCAAACGGGUGUCCAUCAACGAUGCAAAGAGGAAAUCUGAUACCAAAAACAAAGGUCAUUCCAAAGUGUCAGUACCCAGGGCGUCUCCAGACGGCCCCUCAGCCGCCUCGCGCCCUGGUCUCCGCCCCGCCCGCUGCCACCGUUAGCCGAUCCCCGAAAGGGUCCGUCUUCCAAUCCUGAGGCGGCGACCUCCUGACCUCUAGUGGCAAGAGCGAGGAGCUGCACUUCCGCGGCCCGCCUGCCGCCGAGCCCGGGCCACGCAUGUCCUGCCCUUCGUCCUGGUCCCGCCACGUGAACCUGAUGCAUGGACUCCCGCUGUCGCCGACUCGCGCGGACUCGUGCACUGCUUACGGUUUUGCCACCAUGUGACGGCUGCGGACUAUGUCCUCAAACUGCAGCGUCAAGACACAAUUUUUGUAAUUUCGUCUGACCUUCCCGAAGGUGUCCUUUUAAAGUCUUCUUUGUUAAUAUUUAUAACGAUAUGUAAGUCAAAGUACAUGGGAACAUCGCACCGAGUUCGCAGGCGCUUGGGAGACUCCUUUGAAAAAUCAGGAGCGAGCGAGCGAGCGAGCGAGCGGGAACCAGGGCUUACGUGUCGCACUUACCCUGGUUUUUUUGAAAUGAUCGCACUUGUAAACCAGUCUAGCGUCCAACUUGUGGUAAGCCUCCUGCCUCUCAUCUACUCACCAAGAGCCCAUUUGAAACAGGCUUGCAAGUUACAUAUGAGGAAACUGAGGCUCAGAAGGUUGACUAUGUGAGGCUGAUCAGAAACACUUGCCACAAGCCUCAAGGACCUGAGUGUGAUCCCUGGAACACAUCCCCCUCCUCCCCCCAAAAAAAUGUUGUCUGGUGUGGCCCGCACUCGGGAAGCAGAGGCAGAUGGAGCUGAGUUCAAAGUCAGCCUGGUCUACACGCCCAGUUCCAGGACACACUGGGCUACAUAGUGAGGGGCAUGUCCCAAAAUCAAGAGGCAGGGGCAGGCAGACCUCUGUGAAUUCGGGGCCAGCCUGGUUUACAGAGCUGGUUCCAGGACAGCCAGGGCUACACAAACCUUGUCUUGAAAAACAAAACAAUCAGGAUAUGAAGGGCAGUGAUGGCCAAGGCCUUUAGUCCCAGCACUGAAGAGGCAGAGGCACACAGAUGUCUGUGAUUUCCAGGCCAGCCUAAAGAGUUAGUUCCAGGAUAGUCAAGGUUACACAGACUGUCUCAAAAUACAGAAAUGAAAAGAUCAGGAAAUGAUGUGACAAAUUAAUAAUCCCAGCAACUCCUGGGGCCAUACAGGAAGUGGAGACGGGAAUUGCCCAGAGCCUUCCUGCCAAGGAACCUGGAAUAAACAAUUGAGAAACAAGCGUGGCAUCACGGUGUAAGGUGUGAACAAUUACCCUCUGACCUCUACACACCUGAGCCGGCUUGCAUGCUUAACUGCUCAAUAUUCCUUCCCUCUUUAUCUUUCCCUUCUCCUCCCUCUCCCUCACUUAUAUAUACACAAUUUUUUAAAAUAAUAAACAAGAAGUUAAAAUGUUUGUGCAAAUCA